AUGAGAUUCACCGCUUCAGUCGUCGGGCUUUGCGCCGCGCUGCAUGCGGCCGCCGCCUUUUCCGUGAGGAGCUUGAGCUUGAGCUUGAAUGCGACCGGGACACAGCAGCUUGAUGCGCCUUACCUCUCCAACGACAGCAGUUACUUUCCUCAGGCCGGUGCUGAACCCUGGGACAAUCCCAACAGCACCGUCAAGCCGCGGGUGUCGGUGUCGGGCGAUGCAAACCCCUUCCCCAUGGCCGAGUGCUACGGCGUGGCCAUCGAAGAGGCGACGAUCGACCAGCUGCAGGCCUGGAUGACCAGCGGCAAAUUGACCUCAAGACAGAUCACGCUGUGCUACCUCGGGCGCAUCUUGCAACUGAACGAAUACGUGAAUGCCAUCCUCGAAGUCAACCCAGAUGUGCUUCUCAUCGCCGACCAGCUGGACGCCGAGCGUGCCAAUGGCACCGUCCGUGGUCCUUUGCACGGCAUUCCCGUGGUGGUCAAGGACAACAUCGCUUCCAAAGACAAGAUGGAGACCACGGCUGGGUCCUGGGCCCUUCUAGGGUCCGUCGUGCCGCGCGACGCCCAUGUGGUCAAGCUGCUGCGGGAGAAAGGCGCGGUGCUGCUGGGCAAGAGCACGCUGGACGAAUGGGCGUCGAUGCGCACCAACUACAAGUCGUCGGGCUACUCGGCGCGCGGCGGCCAGGCUCGCAAUGCCUUCAACCUGUCCACCGCGCCGGGCGGCUCGUCGUCAGGCUCCUGCCAGGCCGUGACGGCCAACAUGAUCCCCAUCGCCUACGGCACCGAAACCGACGGCAGCGUGAUCGGCCCGGCACGGCGCGCCAGCCUGAUCGGGUUCAAGCCCACGGUCGGGCUGACGUCGCGAGCCGGCGUGGUGCCGGAGUCGGUGCACCAGGACACGGUGGGCGCGUUCGGGCGCACGUUCAAGGACGCCAUCUACGCGCUCGAGGCGAUUGUCGGCGUGGACGCGCGCGACAACUACACGCUCGCGCAACAGGGGCCCGCCGACGGCAACUACACGCAGUUCCUGGCCAGCCAGGAUGCGCUCAAGGGCGCCGUGUUCGGCCUCCCCUGGCUCUCGCUCUGGAACCAGACGUCCAACAGCGCGGACCUGCCGGCGCUGCUGAAGGUGGUGGAGCGGCUCAAGGCCGCGGGCGCCACCAUCAUCAACGGCACCGAGUUCCCGCACUACAAGGACGUGCUGUCGCCGUCGGGCUGGGACUGGGCGUACGGGGCGGCCCCGCUCAAGACGGCCCUGUACCGCGUCAACGUCGACUUCUACAACAACAUCCGCGACUAUCUGGCCGAGCUGAACAACACCAACCUGCGCGGCAUCGAAGACCUGAUCGCCUACAACAUCCAGUACACCGGUGUCGAGGGCGGCAUCCCCGGCACCGUCGCCGGCUUCAAGUCGGGCCAGGACGCCUUCCUCGACAGCGCCGCCACCAAGGGCGCCAUGAACGCCUCUUACUACGAGUGUCUGGACUACCUGAACCGCGUGUCGCGUACCGAGGGCAUCGACGCCGCCCUGUCCUACACCUACCCGAACGGCACCUCCGUCAAGAUCGACGCCCUGCUGGUCCCUUCGGGCGGCGGCGCCACCAAUCUGCCCGCCACCGCCGGCUAUCCCAUGGUCACCAUGCCCAUCGGCCAGAGCAAUGCCCACGACGUCCCCGUCGGCAUUUCCCUGAUCGGCUCCGCGUGGAGCGAGCCCGCCCUGAUCAAGUACGGCAGUGCCAUUGACGAUCUGAUCCAGGGCCGCCAGACCCCGACCUUCAUCGAGUGGUGGUCGAAGCUCGUCCCGGUCGACUAUUCGCUUUAG